AGAUAUGCGGCUAUAUGUCGACCCCUAGUCUACCACCGUAUCAUGUCAAAGCAAAGACUGUUAACGUUAGUGUGUUUCUCCUGGUCAGCACCUUUUUGCAUGCUGGGCAUAAAUGUUAUUCUGACAUCUAGAUUAAAGUUAUGCAGCCCAUUUAUCACCAGACUUUUUUGUGUGAAUUGGAUGAUUGUUAAACUUGCUUGUUUCCCAGCUGAUACUAUGGUUAAUGGUAUUGUUGCAUACAUUACAAUAUUCAUUUAUGUCUUCCAUGGAUUAUUUAUAGUUUGGUCUUAUAUGUAUCUCAUCAAAACAUGUGUGAAUUCAAUAGAGAACAGGAGGAAGUUCAUGCAAACAUGUGUGCCACAUUUAACCUCCUUACUCACCUUCCUUGUAACAAUAGUUUUUGAUCUCAUGAACAUGCGAUUUGGUUCAAAAGAUUUACCUCAGACUGUUCAAAACUUCAUCGAAAUACAAUUUCUUGUCAUACCCCCCAUUAUAAAUCCUCUCAUUUAUGGUUUCAAAUUGACAAAAAUUCGGAACAGAUUUCUGCAUGUUAUUACUUUUAAAAACAGAUAUUAA